UUAAAAGUUGCAGUUCCGCAUCCAGGGGCACUGUCUAUGGGCAUGACUAAGGUUACUAGCUAGCUACAUCAAGUGACAACAUUGCCAACACAGUUUUUUUGUGUGUGCAGUAAUAGUACAUCAUUUGCGAAGGCGUCUCAGUGUUAAGAUGGCGUGCUUUGACAGCAAUAAGGGGAGUUUGGAGGAGGACAGCUAUGAAGGAGCUGUCGGCGGAGAGCUGUCCAGCUGCGCGUUGGCAAUGCUGGAAAAGGAACGGGAAUCUCUUCCCAGCCCUUCAGAGAGCCCUGGCACCUUCAUCAGCAGCACCUCCACUAGUCUUCUGGCCACUGCACCCCUCCAGGGCUAUGACGUGGAGUUUGACCCGCCCCUAGAGAGUAAAUAUGAGUGCCCUAUCUGUCUCAUGGCUUUGAGGAAUGCCAUUCAAACACCCUGUGGUCACCGUUUCUGCAAGCACUGCAUUGAGAAGUCUAUUCGCGACACAGGACAGAGGUGCCCUGUGGACAAUGAACGGCUGUUAGAAGACCAGUUGUUUCCGGAUAACUUUGCCAAACGGGAGAUUCUGUCGCUAACUGUUCGCUGUCCAAACUCUGGCUGUGCUGAGAAAAUGGAGCUCCGAAGUUUAGAGAACCAUUUGGCGCAGUGUCAGUUUGCCACUGUGCCUUGCCCGCAGUGCCAACAGUCUGUGAGAAAGAGCCACCUCGAGGAGCACACAACUGUUGAGUGCCAGAGGAGACCUGUGUCGUGCCCAGAUUGUGUGGCACACUUUGUUUAUGAGGAGAGCGAGCUUCAUGAGCAGCAGUGUCCCUUUGCCAGUGUGAAGUGCCAGUACUGUGAGAUGGAUCUCAUCAGAGACCAGAUGGAAUCUCAUUGUGAUACAGAUUGCCCCAAAGCACCCAUUUCCUGUAACUUUAGCACCUUUGGAUGUAAGGAAAGGAUGCAGCGCCACAACCUGGCUCAGCACAUGCAGGAGUUCACGCAGAUGCACAUGCGCUACCUGGCUGAGUUCCUGCGUGGCCUUAGCCUCAAUGGCACCACACCCAAGUCCCCCUGGACGCUAGGACGUUGUGUUUCCUCCGAGGACCUAGGAGCUGCAGCAUCGGGAUCAGCCUGUAGCGGGCCCAGAGGAGCCGCGAGCUGCAGCAACAACUGUGCCCCGUGUCCGCCUAGCGAGGAGAUGCAGAGGCUUAGGGAGAUGGACGGACGGUUGGUAAGGCAGGAUCACCAGCUGCGUGAGCUCAUCAUCUUAAAAGAAACACAGGCUGGCCAUCUUGCGGAGUUAAGGCGGCGAGUGUCAAUGCUGGAGGAGACCGUACGGGAGCUGGAGUCGCAGCAGUGCAACGGUAUCUUCAUCUGGCGCCUCAAAGGUUUCUCUGUCCACCUGCGGAACCAAGAAGCGGGACAGCCGGUGGUCGAGCACAGCCCCGGCUUCUACACAGGCCGCCCGGGCUACAAGCUGUGCCUGCGCUUGCACCUGCAGACCCCCAACGCCCCGCGCUGCUCCAACUACAUCUCCCUCUUUGUCCACACCAUGCAAGGGGCUUUCGACGGGCAGCUGACCUGGCCGUUCCAGGGCACCAUCCGCCUCACCAUCCUAGACCAGGGCCCCGAGGGCCAGCACCACACGGAGGCGAUGGAGACCAAACCAGACCUGCAGGCCUUCCAGAAGCCCACAAUCCAGCGCAACCCCAAGGGAUUCGGCUACGUCACCUUUCUGCACCUGCACCAGCUGAGUCAGAGGGCCUUCGUUAAAGAUGACACUCUACUCAUCCGCUGCGAGGUGACGCCGCGUUUUGACAAUAUGCUUCACCGCGAGGGGCCAACGGUGCAGCCCAGGGGCCACGAGGCCUCCGUUUCGAGGGACUAAAGUCAAACUCCGAUCUCCAGGAUUAUCUCCAGUUUUUAAAUACUGCUCUGUUCAUUUUAGUUAGUGGACCUCAGGGGGAGGGAAAUCGAUGUUCACACCCAUUUAAAGUUUGGACACUGCAAGUAUGCUAGUAUUUAUUUGUUCACCAACUUUUAAAAUGUCAGUGUGUAAAAAAAAAAAAAAAAAA